AUGAGUGAAUAUGGUUGGUUAGCAGAAAGUACUAUUAUUCCUAAGAAGCCAGGUAAAAAAAUAGAAGUCGACGAUUCGUCUUUAGUAUCUUUAUAGGUAGCUUUGAUGCAAAAAAAAGAUGAAGCAUCAAAUGGAACAAAAGCAACAAAAAAGUUAAGUAAAUAGCAAGAAUUAUUUAUGAAAAAAAAUAAAGGAGUAGAGGAAAGGAUGAAGAAAGAUAUAGUUUAAGAAAUAUCAGAAAAAACUUCGCAAAAUAUGUUAGCAAAGAAAGAAAAAAUUUACGAAAACUUAUAAAAAGGAGGAAAGAACAUUACAAAAUUACUUGUUGAUUUUGAAUAGAAAAAGAUAGACAAUAUGAAUGAAGAUGAAAAGAAGAACUUUGAAAAAGAAAGAUAGCUAUUCUACGAAGAAAAAAAGAAAGAGUUAUAACAAAGGGAAGAAGAAAUUUAAUAAAAAAAAUUCAAUAUUAGCCAAUAUUCUAUGAACAAGCAAUUUGUUUAAGAAGAAAUAGAAAGGCAUGAAUGGGAAAAAGAAAUGUUACAGGAAUUAGAAGAUGGAGUAACAGAAGAGAUGAAAGAACUCGGUAAAAAGAAUCUUAUUCAGUAAAGAUACGAUAGGCAUGCAACAGUUGAUGAAAAGAAUUAGAGCAAGUAUUAAAAGAGGAAAGUAAAGAGCAAUAACUAUUAAGUGAAAUAAAGAAAAAAAGGAAUUUAGCUUAAGAAUAAAGAAAAAACAAAUUAUAAUAGUUAAAUUUAGAAUGAAUUUAAUUUUAAGAAAUUAUUUUAUAUUAUUAAUUGUUCUUAUUUUAUAUAAAAGCUAAUUUUAUUUCAAGCUUUUUUUAAUGGCAAUUACUAUUUACUUUUAAAAAGCCAUAAAAUUAAUUAAUAUUCUAAUGUAAGUUAUAUUAUUUAAUAAAUUAAACUUAUUCAUAGUAUAUUGUUUACAAAAUUUUCAAAAAAAAUUAAUAUUUUAACCUUUAAUAAUUUUUUAGACAAUAAACUCAAAAUUCAUUAAUUAAAGUUGUCAUUAAGAGACAAUCAAUUAAAAUAUUUUUCAUUGCAAUGA